AUGAGUGAAUCGGACCAUGGAACAUUCUUUACAACUCAUAGGAUUAGUGAUGUAGAAAAUCUGAUGAUUCCUAUGAGAAACGGUCUUCGCAGCCAGAAGUAUAAGCCUGUUGACUACAAACAUCUGUAUGAACUUGCUGCAGUAGAAAAAAUGGCAUCUGCAAAAAUUCAAUUAAAGAUUAAAAAAACAGAACAAGUUUCAAAAAUCAGCAAAGAGCAAAUGCUGCUGAAACAGCAUUGGCAAGUGUGGUGGCAAGAGCAUAAAAGACUGAGUGAGAGCAGGCAAAAAGCAGAAGCAGAAAUAAAGACUUUUCUUGAUGAAGAAAGCCAUAAGCACAACUUUUUUUUGGAUAUGAGGGACUUGGAGCAUAAAUUAUCAAAGGAGCGGGAUACAUACCAAGCAAAUACCGUAGUUCCUAUCUGGCAACUAAAAGAGAAUUUGAAACUCAGACUGUCUGAAAUGCAGUGUUACCUCUCAGAAGAAUCUUGUCUGAAAUCGAAGAUCAAUCCAGUUGAGAUGUUACAGCAGAUCAAAUUUGUGAAGAAGCGACAGAAUGCAAUUUUGGAAUUCCUUAUCCUUGAAAGUCUGGCUUUGGAAAGAGAGCUUGAAGACUAUAAAACAAAAGCAUUAGCACAUUCUUUUGAAGAGAAAAAUGGACUUUUCCUUGAAGUUCCUUCAGCACUACUGUCUUUGGAAUGCCCCUACCCUGAUUUGAAGACCUUAGUUAUAAAUGAAUACCGAAAGCUUGCAAGUGGGUACUGGUCUAAGCUUCAAGAGAUUGAUCAACAGUUAAAAGUUUUAUAUAGGAACAUUGAAUGGAACGAAGAAGAUCAGUGGGUUUUUCAGACUGUUAUCGAUCAGUAUCCAAGCGAUCUUCAGAGGAGGAGGACUUUGUACCUCGAUGUGCUGCAGAGAUACCUUCCUCACAAAUCUAGGCACGAUCUGGUUGUUCAUGAGAAAGCUUGGGAUCGUUACCAUUUCAUUAGGAAUCAGCGCAGAGUCUUGAUGUUAAAUUGGGCCCGAGCUCGGAAAGCCUUUUUACUUAAGGCAGCGACCACUGUUGCGGAAGCCUCUGCUGCUCAUGAGACAGAAGUAGUGCUGGCUAAUACCAGACAAAAGCAACAGGAGAUUUGUGCUGAUCUGAAAGCAAAG